CUUUUGUUAAAAGAUUUACUCCACACUGUCCAGCCGUAGUGUCUAUCGCAGACAAAUAUUUUAAAGCGAUAAAAAUGUACAGUUUAAUUGCUUUACUGUUUCUGUCAACAGUGCAUGCACAGCUUGAGGUCGAUGGACCUUGCGAUUUAACAAGGAGCAUCUCAAAUCUAAGCGGCGUAAUAUAUUUAGAAGAACUUGCAGGUACCUGGUAUCAAGUGCAGAGGAUACCAAAUGACGUGGAAAGUGGAGAAUGUUCACGAAGCGUGAUCAAAUAUUCGAUAGAAGAAUUCAACAAGUAUGACAAGCCGUCAGAGGUGACGUCGAUAUAUAAAUACGACUCUGAGGUGGUUAAUCAUAAACGCGUGCAAAGGAAUGGUACCUUUACUAGUGACGGUGAAAGUGAUAUAGAAAUUUUCACAUUUUCAUACGAUGGUGUCUCGCAAAAUUACAAGAUUCUGGGUUCCGAUGGCAGAAACUAUCUCAUGCUCUACAGCUGUAAAAACAGUGGAGGCAGAUCUAUUAUAAGCGCGUGGAAGUUUGGACGAAAGACCACCUACUCAGAAAAAAUAAUCUCCCUCACCAGGACAUUGUCGGACAGUGCUAACAUUCCUGACGAGUACUGGAUAAAUGUGUCACACACCGAAGCAGCGUGCAAGAUCAGAAAUGGCGCUGCAAUGCUACAGAUUUCGCCUUUCAUACUAAUGAUAGUUGCUGUAUUUUCUAUUCAAUAAUUAUAAAUUUAUUAGACUAAUAAAAAUAUGAGCUACA